AAAGACUGCAUGUCCCGCGAUGCUCUCGGCCGGCCGGUGGCGGAGAUUGAACCGGAAGACGCUUUUUGGGUCUGAGGAGUGGAGUGACUGGUAUUGAACAGCCGAAAGUCCAAUAUGAAACUGUAUUGCCUGUCAGGGCACCCAACCUUACCAUGCAAUGUGCUCAAAUUCAAAUCAACCACCGUUAUGCUGGACUGUGGACUGGACAUGACUUCCACCCUCAAUUUCCUUCCUUUGCCACUUGUUCAAAGUCCCAGGCUGUCUAAUCUUCCUGGCUGGUCCCUAAAGGAUGGCAAUGCUUUCUUGGACAAGGAGCUAAAGGAGUGCUCAGGUCAUGUAUUUGUGGAUUCUGUGCCCGAAUUCUGCCUACCAGAGACCGAGCUAAUAGAUCUGUCUACGGUAGAUGUGAUCCUCAUCUCUAACUAUCACUGCAUGAUGGCUCUGCCCUACAUCACUGAGCACACGGGGUUCACAGGCACGGUCUAUGCCACAGAGCCCACCGUUCAGAUCGGCAGGCUUCUCAUGGAAGAGUUGGUGAACUUCAUUGAACGCGUGCCCAAGGCUCAGUCUGCCUCCUUGUGGAAGAACAAGGAUAUUCAGCGGCUGCUGCCUUCUCCUCUCAAGGAUGCAGUAGAAGUAUCAACCUGGAGAAGAUGCUAUACAAUGCAAGAGGUGAACUCUGCCCUUAGUAAAAUCCAGCUGGUGGGAUAUUCUCAGAAAAUUGAGCUUUUUGGUGCAGUCCAGGUGACUCCUUUAAGCUCUGGCUAUGCCCUUGGAAGCUCCAACUGGAUUAUCCAAUCCCAUUAUGAGAAAGUGUCGUACGUCUCUGGAUCCUCCUUGCUUACCACACACCCCCAGCCCAUGGACCAGGCUUCUCUCAAAAACAGCGAUGUUCUCAUUCUGACAGGCCUUACCCAGAUUCCCACCGCAAACCCAGACGGCAUGGUGGGAGAGUUCUGCAGCAACCUGGCACUGACAGUCCGGAACGGAGGAAACGUGUUGGUCCCCUGCUACCCUUCUGGAGUGAUCUAUGACCUUCUGGAAUGCCUGUAUCAGUACAUUGACUCUGCCGGCCUCUCCAGCAUUCCCUUCUACUUCAUCUCCCCAGUGGCUAACAGUUCACUCGAGUUUUCCCAGAUUUUUGCUGAGUGGCUUUGUCACAACAAACAGACUAAGGUGUAUCUCCCAGAACCGCCUUUUCCUCAUGCAGAGCUCAUUCAGACCAACAAGCUGAAGCACUACCCCAGCAUCCAUGGAGACUUCAGCAAUGACUUCAGACAGCCGUGUGUGGUUUUCACUGGACACCCUUCCCUCCGAUUUGGGGACGUGGUCCAUUUCAUGGAGCUCUGGGGAAAAUCUAGUCUCAACACUGUCAUAUUCACAGAACCCGACUUCUCAUACCUGGACGCACUGGCUCCCUACCAGCCCUUGGCCAUGAAAUGCAUAUACUGCCCCAUUGAUACGAGACUGAAUUUCAUCCAAGUGUCAAAGCUGCUCAAAGAAGUGCAGCCCCUCCACGUGGUCUGUCCUGAGCAGUACACCCAGCCGCCCCCGGCGCAGUCCCACCGGAUGGACCUGAUGAUUGACUGCCAGCCACCCGCCAUGUCCUAUCGGCGCGCCGAGGUCCUCGCCCUGCCCUUCAAGCGUCGGUAUGAGAAGAUCGAAAUCAUGCCGGAGCUCGCGGACUCACUGGUACCCAUGGAGAUCAAGCCUGGCGUUUCCUUGGCAACCGUCUCGGCCGUGCUGCACACUAAAGAUAACAAGCACGUUCUCCAGCCCCCGCCCAGGCCCACCCAGCCCACAGGCGGCAAGAAGAGAAAGCGGGCCAGUGACGACAUUCCAGACUGCAAGGUUUUGAAGCCUCUGCUGAGCGGCUCCAUCCCCGUGGACCAGUUCGUGCAGACGCUGGAGAAGCAUGGCUUCAGCGAUAUUAAGGUGGAAGACACAGCCAAGGGCCAUAUCGUCCUGCUACAGGAAGCUGAGACGCUCAUCCAGAUCGAGGAAGAUUCGACCCAUAUCAUCUGCGACAAUGACGAGAUGCUCAGGGUACGGCUGCGGGACCUUGUCCUCAAAUUCCUACAGAAGUUCUGAGUGGAACACGAAAGCCAUCUCCACUUCCCUGAGACCCUGCUGCAGUCCUUCACUGUGGCUGCCCAGCACCCAGCGGAGGAAGGCCAUGCAGCCUGGCAGGUCUCUGUGGUGUUGGUCUCUGGCUUGAGGGACAUUCUCAGGAGUUACGGCCAGAAUCUCCCGGUCUGGCUUCUUAGCACUGUUUCAGGCAAGAGCUUUCCCUUUAACCUUCAGGCUCGUCUUCUUCCCAGUCCUGCCUCUCUCGGGUAGCCAGGCAGGUGAGGCAACAAGCCGAGGAGAAGGCUGAGAGCUACAGCAGCUUUCCAGGAGGUUAAUAGUGGAAGGAGAGGUAAAAAGAUGAGGACUUGUGACCUGUUUUUCAUGGUUUCACAGGCCUCGGGCAGGGGAACUAGUCUUUGUUUUAUAUUCUACAGUGCUGUACCUAAUAAGAAAGAUGAUCCCCCAAAAUUAGCAAAAUGAACCCAUCUAUCUGUAUUUUACAAUGUGAGCUCAUUUUGUUAAUAAAACUUAUUUUUUAUAGAA